AUUUAGUAGUGUAAUCUCUGUCAAUAUGUGCGUACUGGCCAAGUAUUUUUUGCUGGCAGCACUGGCUGUUACAGUUUCCAGCCACAGCCUGGGGCCUCAAGAUGUGGUCUUCCAUUUGUUUACAAGGAAUAAUCCCGGACAGAGCCAAGUGUUAUUCCCUACUGUCAGUUCAAUUUUGAUCUCCAACUUCGAUCCAUCGCUACGCACAAUCGUAACCAUUCACGGUCAAGGAGAUUUCGGAAACUUCAAUGCUUUCGUCGUGCCUAGUCACCUCGAAGCUGAAAAUGUCAACGUUCUCGCUGUUGACUGGUCUGUUGGUUCAACUACGUACAUAGAUGGUGUGUCGCAGGCAAAUCAAUGUGGACUGAUAAUUGCCCAGUUCAUCAACAUUCUAAGCAGCGAGUUCAGCUACUCGCCCGAACAGUACAGAAUUGUGGGUGUCGGUCUCGGAGCCCAUGUCGCCGCCAUCGCUGGCAGGCUGGUAAAUGGUAACAUCCCGCACAUCGUUGCUAUCGAUCCAUCUCUCCAUGGCUGGACUCACCACCCUGGUCGUUUGGGAUCCGACGCAGCUGGUUUGGUAGAGGUCCUCCAUGCUACUGCAGGCUUCCUUGGUUACGAUUAUCCUCUUGGUGACAUUGACUUCUAUCCAAACGGUGGUUCUAUCCAGAAUGGUUGUGGUAUCGACAUUAGUUGCUCGCACGUUUUCUCGAUUGCUUUCUACUCUGAAUCCGUCAUUGCACCUAGCAGAAAUGCAAAUGACUUUGUCGGAACCGCUUGCGAAAGCUAUGAACAAGCUAUCUCUAUGAGUUGCCAAGGCCCAAGAGAUGCUGUCUUCGGAGGCCCGGGCGUUAAGACGAGCGGUUCUGGAAUUUAUACUUUUAGCACUGCGAACAGUUCUCCAUUUGCGCAAGGUUAAGAGAAGUAAUUUUGUUUGGAAAUGGAAAAUUAGCAUAAGAAAAUUUUGUUUGAUUUAUUGUACAUGAAUUGUGCUUUCUUUGGAAUACUUCAUUUCAGAUAAGUUAAAAAAUUUAAGAACGGCCAUGUUUUGUAUUAUUGCUCCUUUCUGAUGUAUUUACAAAUGUUACGAAGAUUUCGCAGUAUAAUAAUCUGAAACAAAAAAAAUAUCUACAUUUUUCCAACUAUUCAAAAUAAAAAAUCUUUUUAUAC